GGUGCCUCUGGAGAUGACAGAGCUUCUUGGCGUGUCCCAGCAGCAGGGUUGGGAACGCUACCACGUUGCCGUUGUUUUUUUAUGGAUCCCACACACUAAAGACUGUGCUGUCAUUCUGUCCUUCAGGCCUGCAGGUUUUGCCCACGGGGAGCUGCCUGGAAGCAACUGUUCAGGGCUGCUUCAUUACUCCGGAAUCCCAGGGCUGUAGUUUCAGGGCACUUGGGCCCCCGGAGUCACAGUGAAAGGGACGGAAAGGGAUGGGAGGCAGCCUCUAAGCGUUCCACACUUUUCCUCUUUCUUGCAGGAGACCUCUCUCUCUGCUCAGUCCCAGAAUGGCUCUUCCCCCCAGUCCCUUGGCUAUGGAAUAUGUUAAUGACUUUGACUUGAUGAAGUUUGAAAUAAAGCGGGAGCCUUCUGAGGGCCGGUCCGGAGUCCCCACAGCCUCACUGGGCUCUACACCGUACAGUUCAGUGCCUCCCUCACCCACCUUCAGUGAGCCAGGCAUGGUGGGCAACAGCGAGGCCCCUAGGCCCGCAGGCCUGGAGGAGCUAUACUGGCUGGCCACCCUGCAGCAGCAGUUGGGGGCCGAUGAGGUUCUGGGGCUGAGUCCUGAUGAGGCUGUGGAACUACUGCAGAGCCAGGGCCCGGUCUCUGUAGAAGGGCCUCAUGGCUACUAUUCAGGGAGCCCAGGAGAGACAGGAGCCCCGAAUGUGCAGUUGCCCGAGAGAUUUUCAGACGCCGCGCUGGUCUCGAUGUCGGUGCGCGAGUUGAACCGGCAGCUGCGGGGCUGCGGGCGCGACGAGGCUCUGCGGCUGAAGCAGAGGCGCCGCACGCUCAAGAACCGCGGCUACGCGCAGGCCUGUCGCUCCAAGCGGCUGCAGCAGCGGCGCGGGCUGGAGGCCGAGCGCGCCCGCCUAGCCGCACAGCUGGAUGCCCUACGGGCGGAGGUGGCCCGCCUGGCUCGAGAGCGCGACCUCUACAAGGCCCGCUGUGACCGGCUGACUUCCGGUGGCCCUGGGUCCGACGACCACACACACCUCUUCCUCUGAGCCACUAGGGCAGUGGGUGUGGCGGUUUGGCAAGUGGCUGGGUUGAUGGCCAUGGUACAGGAGAGGAAGCCCACUAACCAAAUCGCUACCUGUGGUCCUGUAUGUUCAUACAAACAUCCCCAAACUUCUGACCCUCGUGGCAUGCCAGAAGUUAGAUGCUGGUCCUUUGCUGGAGACGAGUCCCCUUCCCUUUUGCAGGUCACGACUCUUCAUGAUUUAGGGUACUGAAUUCUGUAGGGGCUAGUGCCUGUACUGAGGGUGGAGGUGUGGGGGAAGGGUAGGCAGCAUGCUGAAUGGGAGGAGGGGGAGGAGGAAGAGGAGGAAGAGGAGGAGGGAGAGGAGGAGGAGGAGGGAGAGGAGGAGGAGGAGGGAGAGGAGGAGGAGGAGGGAGAGGAGGAAGAGGGGUGCAGCUCCCCUCUCGGUAUAGUUUUUAAUUCAAGGUUUUCAACCCGUAAUGCACUGAUGCUGUAAUUAACAAUGAAGCUGCAUUUCCACCAAAUCUUUGAACUCCUGGAUUUGUCAAGAUUUCAAUUCCCCUAAACAAACAGUAAUAGUUCAUCUGGAAAUGCUUUUCUCUGCUCCACUCAGUGGCCUUUAGAGUCCAAAGCAGCAGAACAAGUGUCCUGGAUGGGAGCCUGGUGAACUGGGCACUAGUCUCAACUGUGUCACAGGCUGUCUGUCUGUCACCUUGAGCAAAGCGACUGCCAUAAGGUUUCUUCCACUUGGACUGGAUGGCUUCCAACACUGUUCUAGUUUUGGCCCGUCUAAUGGUCUCCCCAAGAGGGGCCAAGAUGACUGUACCAAAGGGACAUCCUGUUCUGCUGCCCCAGCUUCCAGGCUGUGACUUAGGCAUGGCUGCUUGGAAACUCUCCCUUGCCUAGGCUCUAAGUGGUCCCCUGCUAGGCGUCCUUGGCCUUCAAACUGCAGAGGGUGCUCUUGUUACCUCCUGUUUCUUAGAGCUGGAGUGAGACCUCACAGGAUAACUAACCGGGAGCUGAGAGACUGUGGCUUUUGUGAAUUAAACCUCAAGUCCAAGAAAAACUAA